CUCAUCUCUCUCCAUCAAGGAACGGUCUGCUCUCUAUCUCUCCCGAGUAGCAGCUGCUGCUGGUUAUUCCACUAAGCGUCGGACAGAGCUGAAUUUCAUACACCAGAUUCCUUAUAAUACUCUUGAUAACCAGUAAGUAAGCAGAGAUGGCAGACACUCAGAGUGAAAGGACUUCCAGUGCAGAUAUGAAGAAAGCAGUGGAAGAUCUGCCACCACCACCUCCUCCUCCUCUUCCUCACCUCCAGGACUCUCCCGCUGUCCCUGUGACACAGGAUUCCAGUUCUCUUCCUUUACCUCCGCCUAAAGAAUCCUUCUCCAAGUUCUACCAGCAACGCCAAGUGAAUGAGUUGAAAAGACUUUACCGCCACAUGCAUCCUGAGCUAAGAAAAAACCUGGAAGAGGCUGUGUCUGAAGACCUGGCAGAAAUGUUGAGUCCAGAUGACCCUAAUGAGCCAGUCACGGCUACUCCAGAUGCGGUGGUUCCAGGCGAAGUUCAAUCCAUGCGUUGGAUCUUUGAGAACUGGUCCCUGGACUCCAUUGGGGAACGUCAAGCUGCUAAAAAGCUGUCUGAGGAGGAAGCCAUCCCAAGUGGAGAUGUAAAGAAUAGGUCCAUGAGGUUUGAAAACCAGCCUUCCCAUGGAGAUGGGCUGCUCACUUCAGCCAAAGCAUCAGAGCUACAAGAAACGAAAGGAGACGUACGUACAGCUCGGUGGUUAUUCGAAACUCAACCUUUAGACUCUUUAAACAAAAUGUACCUGGAUGAGACAGAUAUGCAAGAAGUACUCUUGAAAGAACCUGUUGAGAGAGGGGACGUGAAAGGAGCAGCACAACUCUUUGAAACUCAUUCCUUAGAAGCUUUGGGCCACUGCAACUCUGUGGAAGAGGAGAACAUCCUACAGCUCAAGUCAGAAAUUCAGGAACUCAAAGGGGGCAUCAAGAAAACCAUCAAGCUUUUCCAGACUGACCCCAUCUGUGCUCUCCAGGAUAAAACAGGAAGCGUUCAUGAGAUCAAAUCCAUCUGCAGAGAAGAAAUACAAACCAACUCCGUGAAGACGGCUCGGUGGCUGUUUGAGACCCAGCCACUGGACACCAUCAACAAGGAUACUUCCAAAGUGCAGGUUAUUCGUGGAAUAUCUCUAGAGGAAGCUGGCAAGGGAAACGUCAGCGGAACAAAAUGGGUGUUUGAGACUCAACCUCUAGAUGCCAUAAAGGAAUUAACAGUGUCCGAAGAAGAUUUCAAAGCUUCUCCAGAUCUUAUCCAAGGAGCUGAUGUCGGCAAACAGUGCCUACUUUUUGAGACUCAACCUCUUGACAGUCUGAAAGGUGAGUCCUCCAGCAGCCCUCCAGCUAAGGAAGAAGUUAUCAAAGGGGACGUGAAAUCAACUCUCUGGUUAUUUGAAACCCAACCUAUGGAAACCCUGAGGGACCAUUUUGAAGUUGGGCGUUUAAAAAGAGUAGAGCUUUCAAAAGAUGAGAAAGGAGCUGUGAAGCAAACAAAGCACCUUUUUGAGACCUGCCCUUUCGGAAGCAUCUCAAAAACUCCAGCUGAAGAUUUCACUACUGCUCCUGUCCAAGAGGUAGAGAAAGGGGAUGUGAAAGCAUUCAAGAGCCUCUUUGAGACACUCCCUCUGGAUAGCAUCAGGCAAGUCAGCACCGAGGAGGUCACCAAGGGAGAAGAAGACAUCCCUUCUGGGCAGGUGAAAAGUAAUCAGCUCCUGUUGGAAACAACACCUUUGUACGCCAUUAAGGACUGCUUUGGCCACUUCCACCAGGUCACAUCUGUGAGUAGAGACGAGGAAGUGACCAGCGGAGGUGUGAAGAACUACAAAUGGAUGUUUGAAACCAAACCUUUAGAUGAGUUUGAUGGGAGCAUCCAAAAAGUGGAUGUGAUUAAGGGCAUCACUAAGCAGGAGAUAAUGGCUGGAGAUGUUCAGACAGCCAAGUGGCUCUUUGAAACCCAACCGAUUGAUGUCAUCCACAGCCAAGUCAACCAAGCAGAGCAGAAAAGGGAAGCUUCUCAAGGAGGAGAUGUAAAGACUUGCCGGUGGUUGUUUGAGACACAACCAAUUGAUGCCCUAUGUGAAAAAGAUGAGAUGAAGGAGAGCCAAGAAGAGCCUGUGCCUCAAGCUGAUGUCAAAUCAUAUACAUGGAUGUUUGAAACUCAACCUUUGGAUACCCUGAAAGGUCAAGAAGAACAACACUUACAAGUCAGAAAGACCUUCUGCCAGGAAGAAUUACAAGGGGUAGACGUGAAAACUGUCCGGCACCUCUUUGAAAUGGAACCUCUGUCCAGUAAUAUCCCUGGAAAUAGCCAGAAAAUUAUCAGGUGCUCCAGCAGGGUGGAGAUACAGUCUGGAGAGGUGUCCAGAGUAAAAGAAUUCUUUGAAGCCAAGCCUUUGGAGGCAGCAGCUAAAUCAAGGGCAGUCAUGAAAGAAAGCCCAGUAGAUGGAAACAUUGAACCUGGGGCUGUGCCCAAAUUCACUUGGCUCUUUGAAAACUGCCCCAUGGAUACUUUGAAGAGCAAUGCCGAGGGUCUCCAAGAGGCAACUCUGGAAAAGAACAUUCAAGGUGGAGAUGUUGGGGGCAAAAGAUUCAUUUUUGAAACCUUCUCUCUCGGUCAGAUCCAUGAAAAAGAGAAUGAGACGCAAAUCCAAAAAGUCCAUGAAGAAACAUCAAGAAAAGCCAAUGUCAACUCUUGCAUUAUGCUGUUUGAGACCCAGCCCCUCUAUGCCAUUCAGGACAAAGACGGGGGAUACCAUGAAGUGACCUCGGUGAAAAAGGAAGAAGUCAUAAAAGGUGAUGUGAAAGGUGCCCGGUGGCAAUUUGAGACGAAACCAUUGGAUGAAAUCAAGAAAGAUGAAGAGGUCUUUGUGAUCAGAGCUGUAACGCAAGAAGAUUUCAAGAAGGGAGAUGUCCAAUCAGCUAGGUGGAGAUUUGAAACAGAGCCUCUAGAUUCCAUCACUGAAGAAACGAGGCCUACCUUGAAGAGCGUUGAGGAUGUAGAGAAAGGAGAUGUCCAAUCUAACAAGCAACUUUUCGAGUCAGAGAAACUCGGCCAAAAGAAGUACGUGAGGAUGGUUAGCGUCAGUGAUGUCCAGCAAGGAGAUGUAAGGACGUCCACCUGGCUUUUUGAAAAUCAACCCAUGGAUUCCUUAAAAGGAGAUUCUGAAGGUGCCUGUAGUUUGACCACAGUCCAGAGAGAAGAUGUCCAUAAAGGAGCUGUCAAACGCUGCACUUGGCUCUUUGAGACUCAACCGAUGGACAGUCUCAAAGACACAGAGGCUUCAACAAGCACAGAAUCCCAGAAAGGAAUUCCUCAGGCCUGUGUAAAAAGCACUACGUGGUUGUUUGAAAGUACCCCUCUGGAUAAAUUCAGCUCUCUUCAAUGCAGCAGAGAAAUAGAGGCGAAAGAGAGGACACCAUCAGAUACUUUGGAAUUGUUAUUCUCCCAUCAACUGAUCCAAACGAAUGGCAUUCUUAUUGAAGCCAAUAACACCCAGGGCAUCAAGAUGGCGGCAUACCACUUUAGUAACCAGGAAACUCCCAAAGUUCAAAAGGAAAUAGUUGUAGAAGACAAUUUGCAAAUGGUCUUGUUACAACUCCUUCAGAAUAGUAACGUGGAGGCCUGGGGGUUGCUAGUGCAAGAAGAGGAGGAUGGCGGUAUCAAAAUUAAUCCCAUACAGCUAUUGGACUCUGACAAAGCUGAGAAGAGCAAAGAGGAAAUGAGGAACAACAUGGCAAGGUCUCUUCAAGAACUUCUUAACCAAGAGAUCUCAGUUAAGAAAGGAAUAGUUAUGCAGGAGACAGACAUAGGAUCAACGAAGGUGGUUAUUUAUUCCCUCCGUCAGUGGGUGGCUGAACAGCCUACCUUUGUGAAAGGUGAUGUAAAGUCAGUGAUCGGGAAUCUUCUGACUUCUUCACAAGAGCAGAGAACCACAGCAACCAUCAGACGAGAGGACAACGAGAAGGGGAACGUCCAGUUGUAUACUCGCUGCAUUGAGAAGGGAGACCUUGACUACUUAAAGAACCUCCAGAGAGAGUCGGAGAUAGAAUCGCUGGUUUCUACACAAGCGAAAGAAGAACCGCCAAAAAUUGGGCAAGAGGUCGUGGCACCAACCAUGGUGCAGAACAAGGAAGGUGUGAUGAUGGCAGAUGCGAUCCAAGGGAAUCACGACUGUUCUGAGCAGGCAUUCUUGUGGAAGACCAAAGAAGGUAUGUCAGAAAGAGAAGUCCCCCGUGCAAAUCAUCAAAGUUGUACUCCCUUUCAUUCAGCACAAUGUGGGACUCCAUCAUCAUUGAAAGAAAGCAUAGUUCCUCCACCUGUCACAUUGCCCUUCCAGUGGGUGGAAGGAUCCCAAAAUAGUAGCCAAAGAACACCAGGACAACAAAUAAUCCUGGAAGAUGGGAAGGAAAGAACACCCAUGCAAGUGGCAGAUCAGAAGAUGGUUGAGGUUCUUCCCAGCUUUAAGGCAGGAGAAACCAAUUCAACAACAGUUCAAUCCCCAACGCAGAUUCCUGGGAACGAUCUUCAAGCUGCAAUGCACAGCCUAAGGAAAGCCACAGCAGAAGCCAAAACUCUACAGCAGCAAGUGCAGAGUAAGCUGCAAAAGACGCCCGACAACACGCAACUGUGUGGCAACCAACCCCGUGAUGCAAUGAUGCAAAGCACAGUGCCCAAAGAAGGCUGUGAGGCCAGCAAGCGACAGCCAAGUAGCAAAGUGUCCUCUUCUAGGCGGCAGGAAGCGGUCGAGCCUGGUGUCAAUCUGUCUCAGAAGAGCCCGGCGUCCUUGCCCCUAAAGGUCAGUGACCCUGAGGGAAGACAGGGAGGGACAGAGCCUUUUGUGGCCCACCAAGUUGGCCAAGUGUUACCUAGGACAGAUCUUAGUAUUAAGGACGGCCUUUACACAGCCAAGCCCGUGAAGUCCUAUGUAAAUCCAUUCCUUGAAUCGGACUACCAAGAGCACUCCGUUCCUGAAGAACGUGAGCAAGACGUUAUAAUCAGAGGGGAUGUAAAGACAGCUAUCAGAGCUCUGCAGAACGCUGCAACUGAGCAGAGACAAGUCGAGAAAGAGGACGUGGUCCGUGGCAACUUAAAAGCCACGCUCGAGUCUCUGGAGAAGUCUAACAUUAAUGUGUCCCAAGGGGACUUUAAAGCAGCCAUGAUAUACAGAAACGCAGGGCAGUCACAUUCCAUGGGUAAAAAGAAACAGGAGGUUGAGUGUCUUAGUGGCCAGGCAGUUACUGUAGCUGUGGCACCUGCAAACUCACUAGGUGUUAAUGACUUUCCUCCUCCUCCUCCUCCUCCUCCUCUUCCUCCAGCUUCAUUGAUGAGACCUGAUGUCCACGCAGCCUCAUCCCAACCAAGACAGGCUGAAGUUCGGUGCUGUUCCCCAUCCACGCAGCCAUGUGACCUCAAAACUCCCUUGUCUUCCCCAACCAAAGCAGGUCAUCAGAGACCUUCAGAGAAGCCCCAACUGCCACCCAAGCCUGAUGUGAUCACCCCACCAAGGAAAAAGCCUGUUAUCCCCCCAAAACCAGAAUUCCUUUUGAAGGAGGGACUCCCCCAUCCUGCUGGUGUCAACAGAGGACAACCAGGAAAAGCACCCUCGCUUCCUUCCAAGUCUCCCAUCUUGAUUGAACAGAACAAGCCAACUUCGCCUACAAUGAACCAAGCAUGUGGAGCUGAGAUCUGGGGACAUUUGGAAUGUAGAGAGGAUUCUGCUAUGUGUUCUUCACCCAAAGUGACCAAUGUUGAGGACAUCAGUGUUGAGAAGAAGUCAAUAAAAGGUAUCAUCAAAUUGCCUCUGCAGGAAGAAGAGAAAUCUAAGGCAAGGAAGGAGGAUAGGGCCAGAGUGGAUUUGAUUGGCCACAGCUCUUCGUUAGAGACAAUAAAAACUGGAUUGGAUAGUUCUGAAGGAGGAAAUUGUCAUCUAACCAAAGACCUUCAAGGGUUCCAGGAGACACCCCAAGAAGAAACUCGAUGUUCUUUACCUGAGAAGCAAGAUUCUCUCACCCCUUUUGAAUGCCAAAUGAAUCUUCCUAAUCUAGAAGUUCAGAGAAAGCCAUAUUUGUCUGCAAAAUGCCAUGCCAAUGUUCUGAGGAAAGGAACUGUCAUGACCCAUGUCACAUCAUCAAAGUCAGAAAAAACAAGCAUGGAAUCACAGGCAGACAGAUCAGCAUCUGCUCUUUCCUCAGACUUAAAAGCCAAACAGGUUUUUACAGGACAUCAGAUUGCACACAGUGGUGGCUCCAGAGAUCCAGAAACAAAGAAUGACUGGGAUACAGAGAAGAGAAAUCUUGGGGUGGUCAUGAGGGAAAAGGUUGGCAAAGAAACUGAAGAAGAACGUCGCAAGAGAUUAUCCGUCCAUAAAGAGGAGAUCAUGAAAGGAAAUGUCAAGGAAGCCAUGGAGAUAUUUGAAAACUUACGGAAACAGGAGGCUCUUGAAGAAAUAUUAACACAAGUGAAGGAGUUUGAAGAGGAGACCUCAAAAGUGGACGUCAAAGCCUUGAGAAACCUCUUUGAGAAUGUGGCCGAUUGGGUGGUAGAUGAAAAGCCUCAGCAGACAAGACAGCCCAAAGUGGAGAAACCUGAACAGCUGAAGGAAUUUAAAGAAGAUUCAGAGAGUGUCUCAUCGGUGGAGUUAGCCUUUGAAGAUCUGGAGCGAGCCAGUGCUGAGAUUGUUCAUUUGAAGGAGCAGACCCUAAGUAGACUUCUGGAUAUUGAAGACGCCAUUAAGAAAGCUCUGUAUUCCAUUUCUAGUCUCAAAUCCGAAUCAGACAUAGCUGGACUUUCAGGUCUUCUGAAGGAAUCACUUGGAAGUUCUCAAAGCCUUGCAGUGGGGAACAAUAUACGCAAAAUCAGUAUUAUAUCCAGCAAAGCCAAACAAGAAAAAGGGGCACAAAAUCCAUCACGGGAAGGAGACAAGGUGGCUGAUCAGCACGACGUACCCAAACUAUCCCUAGUAGUUCCACAUGUGAUUCAGCCUCGGUCAAGUUCUCCUUCUUCUCCGUCCUACAUCUCCAUUCAAUCUGCUGCACGGAAAAAUACAGAGUCACCCCAGAUUGUGCCUUUAGUUUCACCCCAACCUAUGGAAGUGGCCACCGAAAGAGAGGCAUUCCCUCCAAAUCUUUUCAGCUCCUUGCCAAGUAAACCAAUGAGAUCCGAUGGCUACGAAAGGACUCUUGGUGAAGGGGAUCCGGAGGUCAUCCAAAUUAAAAAAGGAGGAAGCUUGAUUAAACAACAACAGCUCAGCAGCCCUAGACACUUGGCUCAACACCUCAACAGCAAUGGCACCAAGGAGAAGGACCCAGCCCAAGAGGGAGCUUCUGAUUUCAACUCCAAGACUUCUUUAAGUGCUUUAAGUCCCUCCAAUCCUAGAAGACAGAAAAGUAUUCUAGAAUUGCAAACGAGCCAUGAUGGAUCCAAACUCUAUGGGGCUACCCGGACAGUGAUGGAGCAGUACGAGGAGGUAGAUGAAUUUGGAAACAAAAUCAUCACAUCGUCCACAACCGUCACCAAACAAUCAGAGACUCAGACUUCCUCGACUUGCGGUAUGGUGUCUUGCCCAACCAGGUAUGAAGUGACAGCUUCUCCGAUACUUCGCCGAUAUCUCAACAGUCCAGCAAAUUUCCCUUCAGAUGAUGGUCACCAAGAAACAGGAGUGGUCUUCGUCACCUUUAGCAACUCUAAGCCAGUGAAGAAGUAAGCAAACUUCCUUGAGCAGAGCUGUUGAGGUCAACAAGAUCAUUGAUGUUGACCGUUCAGCGUUCAACCACUUCAAUUGGAUUUUAAAAGGACUGAAACCCAUAAGCAAUGUUAUUGUUCUUGUGGCCAUUACUGUUUUUUAAAGAAAGAACCAAAAAAACCCCACCCCUCUUUGCCCUCCGAAUUAUAGUCUUAACGUUGGGCACGAGAGACGAGAAGAUGUUCCUUCAAAGCUGGUUCUUGAAGAUUAAAAGGACUUCCAUUUCAGUAGAGAUCCAAGUUUCCAGUUCCAGAGAGAAAAGAAAAAGCCAAAACUACAAAAUAAAAUACAAAUACAAGAUGGCUUCUUUCAACACCUAUCAUCGCAGCUGAAGAUGUUUGCCUUAGGGCAUUCAUCUGAUCAGUGGCAAAUUAGGGUCCUCAAGAAAUAUUUUGAAGAUUGUUUUGUUUUUUAAUGUGUGUCUUUAAGUCAGUCUCAAUUCCUGGCAAUUGCCUGGAUUAGUCACUGAAUUUUUCCAGGCAACAUUUUUGGAAGUGGUUUGCCAUUGCCUCUUUCCCAGGGCUGAGAGCGAGACUGGCCCAAGGUCCACCCAGCUGACUUCAUGCUUGAGUGGGACUAGAACUCAUGAUUUCCUGGUUUCUAGCCUUGUGCCUCAACUAUUACACCAAACUGGCUGUCAUUUUGAGAAAUAUACUAAUUUUCUGGGCCUUUUUGCUAUUAGCCUGACUGUUUGCUCCUUUUUCUGUUUCCCUUUUUGUAUGUCCAGGGAGAUUUCUCUUUCCAAAUUCUUUCUCUGAUAGAGAUACAUCACAAAAUGAGUGUGGGGGAUAUUCCCCAAAUGAAAGUAGAGAGUUUAUCCCUUUUUAGUUUUAUUACACUUUUUGGGGGCAGGUUUGUUAGCACUAUUUAGCAAGAGUUACAUAUUAGGGGAAAUUACAGAAUUUUAAGAAUUUUCCUCACUCCAGUUCCCCCGAUGAAAAACGGGGACCAUAUUGUCUAGUUAAAUGAGGAAGGCAGUUAAACAUAUUGAUAAUGAUUUUAUUAUCCUCUUUUUUAUUUUAGGAUUGUAAUUAAUUGAUUGUUAGUAUGUAUUUUAUUCUAGAGGCAUUUGCUUCCUUUACCUCUUGCAACCAUGUUUAAAUCAAUUAUAUAAAUUUUAUUAUGCCUUUUUUGUAUAUUCUCAACCGAACAUUUUAGAUAUCCUGUGGGGUAUUUUUUAAACCUCCAUAUGAAGAUAAACAAUGACUUCUGAAAAUUAGUUUGUAGUUGUUUUUCUUGUGUUGAUUAUUUGCUAUAUUUUGGCUGGAAGGGUUCAAAUCCCUCUGAAUUCUCCUUUUCUCUUCAUGAGUUGGUUCAGACUGGUAACAACACUUCUUGAAUAAAAAAUUGCUGGAUAUAUCCAUUCAAACAAAGCCAAUACUUAAUAGCAAAAACAACAAUUAUGGUACUAAUGACUUUUCAUAUCCUUUUUCUUUUAUGUAAAUUUUAGUACACAGAAAAAAAUGUUUUUCCUAUCAUUUGGUAAUAAAAAGUUAUCAAUUAUCA